AUGAAGACACGUGUGAUAUUUCCCCUUCUGGUAGCACUAUCUAUUGUUGGGGUAAAUUGUGGAAACAAGGAUACAGUGUCUCAAUUUGCUUAUCGAGGAGACUACAUAGUUGGAGGAUUGUUCAGUUUCCAUGCUGCUGGGGCAGAUGUGACGUCUCAAAGUACCCCAAUGGCAGAGAUCUGUUCAAGUUUUGACGUCAGCCUUGCGGGAUACCGAAACUCUCUGGUCAUGAGAUUUGCUCUAGAAGAGAUCAACAAUAACACCGAACUUCUGUCAAAUGUCACUUUGGGGUAUGAGAUUUUCGACACCUGCUACAUAUAUAACAUUAUCCACCCGACUCUUGAUUUUCUGUCAAGAGGUGAUGUUUUUAACACAGAGGAAACUUAUUUUGAUAGUACUCCUAAAGUUAUAUCCGUGAUAGGUCCAGAUAGCAGCGAUGCUGCAGAGACAACAGCGGACCUAUUUAAUCUACUGCUUAUCCCUCAGGUUAAUUUCUUUGCCACAAGCAAAAGGCUUAGUGACCGGAGCCUACCAUCAUGCUUCCAGACAAUUCCUAGCAGCAAGAUGCAACAACAAGCAAUCAUAGAUAUCCUUACCUUUUUCAACUGGACUUGGAUUGCUGUACUGGGAAGUUCUGAUGAUUAUGGUAGCAAGGGAAUGCAUGACUUACUCCAGGCAGUGUCAGAUCUAAAUAUCUGCGUUGCUUACAAGGGGAUUAUACCUGCCACAAUUUCAGGCAAGGAACAAGAGUGGAAAAGCGCCAUACUUCAAGCAGUCAACAACAUAACAGCUGCUAAUGUCAACGUGAUUGUAAUAUUUUCCUUGGAUGUCAUCCUGCUUGAUUUUUUUAAAGAAGUUGUAAAGCUAAACACUCCAGGGAAAGUAUGGAUUGCCACUGAGACUUGGUCUGCGGCCAAAAACAUCUACAAUAUACCAAAUAUGCAUAGACUAGGGGUUGUACUGGGCAUAGCCGCUAAGGAUGUGAAGAUUCCAGGUAUCGAGGAAUAUCUUUUGGAUGCACAUUAUCAGAGCAACGCAAGUUCAGUAGCUAAAGAUGUGGAGGGCACGUGCAAUCAAAACUGUCAGAGUUGUCUUAAUACUACAGAGAGCGUCCUCCUUGAUCUGUCUAGAGAAAGAGUGAGCUUUAGUGUGUAUGCGGCUGUCUACGCUGUUGCCCACGCACUGCACGACGUUCUUGGAUGUAAUGAAAUGUAUUGCAACAAAAAAACUGUUCACCCAUGGCAAGUCACAGAAGCUCUUGGAAAAGUCAACUUUACCCUGUUGGGCAACCAGAUCUACUUUGAUCAAUAUGGUGACUCUCCCACUGGUUAUGAUAUUGUCUUCUGGGACUGGUGGGGACCAACUCCAUUUGAAAACAUUGGUUCAUAUACAGAAUUAGGAAAUCUUACCAUCAACCCAGAGAAAAUCAAAUGGGGAACAGAAAAAAACAUGGUGCCGUCAUCAGUAUGUUCUCCAGAAUGCCUCCCAGGGGAAGAAAAGAAACCGGAAGGGAACUUUAAAUGCUGUUUUAUCUGUGUUAGCUGUGUUGCUGGGACUUAUCUCCAUGAAAAUGGUACCUGCGUAAAUUGCAAGAAAGGCCAGUGGUCUACGGAGAGAAGCACCACCUGCUUUGAUAAGACACGGGUGUACCUUACGUGGGAGAGUAACCUAACCAUAGCUUUAUUUGUGAUGACUCUCCUGGGAAUGCUGCUGACAGCGGUGGUGAUAGUCACAUUUAUUGUCCAUUUACAAAGCCCAGUGGUUAAAGCUGCAGGGGGUAAAAGGUGUUUUCUGAUGUUGCCUGCCCUGACAUUGGCCUACUUCAGUAUCUUGGCCUACCUUGGUGAACCGAGUACCCUAAAGUGCACCAUGAGACAUCCUAUAUACAGCAUCGCCCUCACCGUCUGCUUUUCUUAUAUUUCUGUCCGGUCAUUUCAGAUUGUUUGUAUUUUUAAGAUGGCUUCCAAAUUACCAGCCACAUAUGAUUAUUGGGUGAAGCAGAAUGGCCAGUAUGUUAGUCUUGCUGUGCUUUCUGGAAUUCAGGUUCUGAUAUCUUGUGUCUGGAUUUUCACUGACCCUCCUACAGCGUCCAUCAAGGACUUGAGCUCCGACAAGGUCCUGGUGGACUGCAGCCAGUUCGGAUCAGUGUUUAAUAUCAUACAGUACAGUUACAAUGCUUUCCUCAGUCUUUUGUGUUUUACUUUUGCUUACAUGGGUAAAGAGCUGCCCAAAAAUUACAACGAGGCUAAGUGUAUCACAUUUGCCAUGCUAAUUUACUUUGUGGUCUGCAUCUCUUUCUUUACUGCUCAAAUCAUUGACGUCGGAGAACUUGUUACUCCGACUAAUGCAGCCCUGGCUUUGGUUAGUCUUCUGGGAAUCACAGGGGGAUAUUUCUUUCCAAAAUGUUAUAUUAUUUACUGCAAGCCUCAGUUCAACACCACAAAAUACUUCCAAUCAACCAUCCAGUCAUAUACCAAACGAGGCUCUGGAAGCGCCAAAUAG